GGUGUUUCCGCGCGGAUCAGUCAGUCAGAGAGACAUGGCGGAGUACAGUCAGGCCGGCCUGCUGGCCGCUCUGCUGCUCUUCACGGCCCUCACGGUGCGGGACGUUUACCAGGGCAGAUCAUCCUCCAGCCCGCAGCACGGAGGACAGGCGGCCGGCAGCCCGGAGCUCUCACCGGACACCCUACCGGACACAGAGCCCGGGAAACCCCCCAAACCCUCCAUGUACACCGGACCCACGCUCCGGUUCCGGUACUGUAUCUCCUGAGGUUACAGUAAAGUGUUCCAGGAGUACUCCAGAGCCAUCAGCCAGCUGUACCCGGACAUCCGCAUCGAGGGAGAAAACUACCCCCCAACCCCCUUCAACAGGAUUGUUGGUAACCUGGUAUCCUACCUGAAGCUCCUCUCCAUCCUGCUGAUCGUCUGCGGUCAGAAUCCCUUCACCCUCCUCGGCCUCGACACUCCCAGAGCCUGGACCUGGAGUCAGGACAACAAGAUCUUCUCCUGUCUGAUGGCCUUCUUCCUCUGUAACAUGAUGGAGACUCACUUCCUGUCUACGGGAGCCUUCGAGGUCAUUCUGAAUGACGUCCCUGUGUGGUCGAAGCUUCAGUCGGGUUACGUCCCGAACAUCCAGGAGAUCUUCCAGAUCCUCGACAACCACCUGAAGAUGAACCAGGUGGAUUCCAUGGGCUUCUCCUCCACUUAGAGCUGCACACACAGCUGUGCUGCGUUCAGGUGUCCUGGCUCAGUGGUACGUUCAGCCGCUGGCGUUCAUGAAGGUUCGGCCUUAAAGCAGACUCUGCGGGGCCCAGCCGGAUGUCCCCGCCACAAAACGAGCGUUCCCUGUACGCCGGGUCACAGCUCAGCACUACAGUACCCAUAAUGCAAUAUCAGCACAGGUGGAGUCAGCUGCACUCCAGACUGGCGACUCUACUGGACUUGACUGUUUUCUGUUAGUUCAGUUUGUUUUUAUUUAUUUAGUUUGUUCAGACUAAAACUACGGUACAACUGUUAGCUCCAUGCUACUUAGCCUCUGUCUGUACAGGAAGUAGCAGACAGGAAACAGAAAUGUAAUGAAUCAUUAAAAUCUGGUUAAUGUAACAAAUGAUCAUCUUCACUGUCAGUUAUGUCAUCAUCAUUGUAAAAUGUCUGAAACAAGAAAUAAACUCAUCAGAAGUUUCA